UUACGUCUUACGUCAGAGCGUCAGCUGGCCGAAUGUUUACAUCCAGCAGUUGUGUUUCUGGCUGGACCCCUUAACAACAAAAGGCUGAGCACAAGGAAACCCGCUAAGACGGAGAAAACCAGUCGGCGUUUCCACAAGUCAGGAUGGGUGGAGCUGUGAGUGCCGGUGAGGACAAUGAUGACUUGAUUGACAACCUGAAGGAAGCUUACUACAUCCGCUCAGACUUGGUGGAGCGAGCUUUUCGAGCCAUCGACCGGGCUGAUUAUUACCUGGAUGAAUACCGGGACAACGCCUACAAGGAUUUGGCGUGGCGGCAUGGAAACAUCCACCUGUCUGCUCCGUGCAUCUACUCUGAGGUGAUGGAGGCUCUGGAUCUCCACCCUGGCCUCUCCUUCCUCAACCUUGGCAGUGGGACUGGCUACCUCAGCACCAUGGUCGGCCUCAUACUGGGACCAUUUGGAGUGAAUCACGGCAUAGAGCUGCACGCGGACGUGAUCGAGUACGCCUACCAAAAGCUCGAUUCCUUCAUCAAAACCAGCGACAGCUUUGACAAGUUUGAGUUCUGUGAGCCCUCCUUCGUUGUGGGCAACUGCCUGGAGAUCCCUCCAGAGAGCCGUCAGUAUGACAGGGUGUACUGUGGGGCCGGGGUGCAGAAGGAGCAUGAGGAUUACAUGAAGAACCUGCUCAAGGUGGGGGGCAUUCUGGUGAUGCCUCUUGAGGAAAAGUUGACCAAGAUCACCCGCACCGGGACGAACAGCUGGGAGACCAAGAAGAUCAUCUCUGUGUCCUUCGCUCCUCUGGUGUUACCUAAACACAGCACAAACGGCAAACCCAGGACUGUCCCAUUACCCAAGUAUGAGGUUCGGUCGUUACAGGAGCUGGCUCGUAUCUGCAUCCGCCACACCCUCAGAGUGACCACAGAUGGAGGAGACAGCCAGUCACGUGGCCGAGGUUCUUCCUUCAGCGUGGGUAGAGGCCUGGCGGUAGCUGGGCUCCACAAGUACGGCCCUCGCUUCAAACGCCGGCGCGUUCACCGGCGCCACUGCAACGCCCUCGUCCUCGCCACCCAUCAGGUGGUGGCCAGCAGCGGCAUCGGCUCCGCCUCUCUGGACAGCAACAACAACCAGGGAGGACGAGCGGUGGAUGAGGAGGAAGGGGCGGGAGAGAGGGAGGCAAGGCGGCAGAUGAGAGGGAGCAGGAGGGCAGUGAGAGGAGGAGGAGGGCUGGUCGAAGAGGAGGAGACGUUGGAGGAAGAGGAUGAAGAAGAGGAGCAGGAGGAGGAGGAAGAGAAGGAGACCGGAGAGCUGCUCCGACCCCAGCCGGCCGUGAACAUCCUGAGAGAGAGGAUACUGGGCCUGCCACUGCCCGAGCCUCUGAAGAUGUACCUGCUGUUCUACAGGGAGAAAUGAGCCCGAUGGAGCUGGAGUCAGAGCUCAGCACGGGCUGAAGCCUCUGCUACAACCCCACCACCACCUGUAUAAGGCAGGACAACAUGCCCCCGACCUUACCGACCCCCAGCUCCACCAUGGGUCUCUUGCUCUCUCUCACACCUGUCCUCAUUCCUCGCCAUCAUCCACUCUUUUUCCUUCUUCCUGUUUCUGCUCUGCCUCCCAUCGUUCUUUACUUAAUUUGUUUGCUGACGCUGUGAAGAGUCAGUUCAGUUCGUCCAGCGGAGGGGGGGAGGGAGAGCGAUGCUUCUCUGGGAACAGAAAUGGUUCACGCCAAUGUUUUAAACAACCAAACAGCCACUGAUGUAAACUCUGUGUCUCCUUUGAGGUGCAGAGAAAUAGAAAUCGGUACAAGACACAUGCACAGUCUUUUAAUUUGCUCUAAAGCUCUAAAGCUCUAAUUAACUAAUCAAGCAUUUGCCUAACGACAGCUCAACAGCCCACAGAGUAUCCACAGCUUAUAAAAGGCAAGGAGCUCCAUCAUUAGUGGACUAUACAUUCGCAACAUAGUUCAGACACUGUAGCAACAAACAGAGAGCACAGUUCAGCCAGAGACCAGAAGACACAAGGCUACGAGCUCUGUACUCCAAUUACAGCGGGUCCACAGGUUAGAGAGCAUGUGUUGACUGUACGAGUCAUGUGGACGCUGCUUUGUCCACAUGAGGUGGUGCUUGUAAAAUCACCCAAUGAAGGGAAGGGAAGACAAAGAGUCGGCUCUUUUGCUAUAUCAUAUUUAAUGAUAUUGUAGCUGCAGCUAGUGAGGAAGGUGGUGUGGCAUUCGUGAUUAUUUCCACUGAUUUCCAAACAAAAAGGAGGAGCUCUGCCGCGAGCCCUCAGUCCAUUAGAUGAUUUCACUUUAAUGAUCUGCUUUUCUAAGGCCGAGGCUCGGUCAUCGUUUCAAGCAUUUUGGGAGAUUAGUUGAUUUCACAGAAGGUUGAGUUUUCCUUUUUCUAUGCAUAUGUUACAUUUGUAUGAGUUGGCGUCUUUGUCGUACGGAGGUGAAACCGCCUCACUGUUUCUCUCUACAUCCCAUCGUACUCUCUGCACCAACAGAGAACGACCAUAAAUGAUUACAUACUUACUAAUAUUCCAAUUUACAUAAAUAAACCAGCAUGAUUAAAAACACAUAACUGUUUUUUGAUGAUUGACAGUGUGGAGGUUUUCUCUCACCGUUUUUUUUCUUGUAAUAUCUUGAUUUUUGAAUUUUCUGAGACUUGAAGUGGUGUGUACAUAUAAGAAGUGUUGUAUGUUUUGUUCUGUGAAUCAUAAAAACAUGAAGAUACUUUGAUACAUAGUAGAAGUAUCUUUGAAUAAAUUUUUUUCUCGUAGUUUCCGGUUCGAUGGGGCAUUAUUCUUAUUAUUCUUUUUAUAUUCUUUUGCUUUUGUACCAAACUCUCUGCUCCUUUCUGUGCCAAACUUAAGUUGCAUGGACUAAAUUUUUUUGAGGAUGCAGCAGAUCGACAGAGAAGUCAUGGAGCCUACAGAUUUGUUUUAUCAUUUCUAAAACGGCACCACUACCGCUGAAGUGACACUUGCGGUUGUUCAUGUAUCAGUUUUUAUCAUGUAAAGCCUUAGAUUUCUCCCAUUGGAAAAUUUGUAACUGAAGAAUGUGUGUGUGAUCAUUGCACAAGGCAAUGCAGAAGCACCCUGUAUCAGUGAAUACAGUUUAUUUGAUAAAUCAUGGAUGAGAUUACAAUAAAAGGAUACUGGCAGCAUAUUGGUUAUACUGUAUAUCCAACACUGAAUGGGAGGACUGAGUCCAUCUUCUCCGAUUCCUGCAGUGUAAUGUCUGGCUUCACUGCUGUUCUACCAUUUCCAAUGCUGCUGGAUCUGCCUUUGAAUCCUGUGUGUAGAUCAUUCCUUUUUGCAACAUGGGUACCAUUCACGUUUGGUUGUUGUGCAGUUGUGAUUCUUUGCUGAAUGUAAAUGAUCACGUUGUUUUUUUUAUUUUGGACUUCACAUGAAGUUUUGGUGAGAAUGACUUGUUUUUAAAAUUGAGCUGUAUUAUUGAUGCUGUUAAUAAAGUCCAUUAUAUAAAAGAA